UAAAAAAAAAGGUCAAAUUGAAUUUAUAAUUUUAUUAAAAUAUGGUGGUAGAAGUAUAAAUUUGGGAGGCAGCAAGAUCUAGUGUGUAGUAGGCCCUCGGGGCAGCCCAAUAUUGAUGAAAGAAGUAUGAGGAUAAGAAGGCAGGCACGUAAUGUGCAUGUAAAUCACUCAUUCACUUAUGAAUGAAUGAUCCUAUUAACUCACUUGUACCAAACUUGUAACAUAUUCAUGAAUAUGACCAAUUUUGUUGGACUUAGAUUACCACUUUGUUAUUGUUCUUGUUCUUGUUCUUUAUUAAACAAUUGCAGUAGAGUGAAUAAAGCUCCUCGUCGCAUUUUAUUGAGCUUUGGAGCAUCUUCAUUCUUCUCUCACUUUGUUCCUAUGUCUCUUUCUAUUUCUGGUGUCAAAUCUUUCAUUGCAUCUGCCAGAAUAACCGCUGGUCCUUCUGUCGAUCAGAUACUCAACAAUGUUCAAUGGCCACAACACUUCCCCUUUAAAGACCAGGAUUUCCAGCGCUAUGAUGAGUCAUCAGAUUCUGUGUUCUAUGAAGCACCUCGAUUCGUAACACACAUUGAUGACCCUGCAAUUGCUGCUUUAACAAAGUAUUACUCAAAGGUUUUCCCACCUACCAACACUCCUGGAGUAACCAUUUUGGAUAUGUGUAGCAGUUGGGUCAGCCAUUUUCCAUCAGGAUAUAAGCAAGAACGAGUUGUCGGAUUAGGCAUGAAUGAGGAAGAACUCAAGAGGAACCCGGUCCUCACCGAGUAUGUCGUACAAGACUUAAAUGAGAACCCUACACUCCCAUUUGAAGAUAAUUCUUUCAACAUCAUCACUAAUGUGGUUAGUGUUGAUUACCUAACAAAGCCUCUUGAUGUUUUCAAAGAGAUGAGAAGGACUCUCAAACCAGGUGGAUUGGCCAUAAUGAGCUUCUCAAACCGAUGCUUCUUUACAAAGGCCAUUUCUAUAUGGACUUCAACUGGAGAUGCUGAUCACGUUAUGAUUGUUGGGUCGUAUUUUCAUUAUGCUGGAGGAUUUGAACCUCCUCAGGCUGUGGAUAUAUCUCCAAAUCCCGGACGCUCUGAUCCCAUGUAUAUCGUUUACUCUAGGAAGCUCUCUACCACUUAAGAGAAAUAUGAACUGAGAAUUUGUAGCAGUGUAUUUACCUAUCAACAGUUACUUUGAUGAAGAAUUUGUUCAUGUUGUACGUCAAUGAAUUUGUUCAUGUUGUACGUCAAAGAUCGCAUAAUAGUAAUAAAUUAAAAAAAUCACUACAAUUUGAACAUGGAUAA